AUGAGCCACGUAGUGACCAUCGAGGAGCCGCAGGCCAAGCCACAGCUGUCUCAAACUCGGUGUGGGAUAAGGUCGGAGCUCAGGGGUAAUGUCUCCUCCAAUCGAGCGUAUGAUUUCCUGUACGAUCCAUUGUUUACUGUAUCAAGUGAGAAAGACCAUGCACAGGCAAAUAUCCAAGUCACCCUGGUUCGAAACAAACUGAGAAAAAUUCCCAGGUUUAGAACCAUGUUCAGUAACCUGAUCCAUUAUCCAAGAUAUUCUCUGUAUUGGGACAAGUCAGAUCCUGUCCCACAGUUCAUCAGUCGGGAAUGGAGAGGAUAUGAAGAACAACGUAGAGAAGCUCUCCAGCAGCUUGCAGUAUCUGACCCUUCUUUUCAGAUGCCCCCAAAAGUUUAUGAAGAUCCUGAAAUUACUGGAAGGAAUCGCUUUAAAUAUUUUGAAAGGCCUUUCCUUCCAUUUCAUAAACAGAUGCCAUUCAAUGUUGUUUUUUCAGUAACCAAGACAGAACCAUAUACUUUUCCUCCUGCGUCUACUAAGUACCCACCUAUCCCUUCAAAAUCUACUGUGGGCACUCAGACUGAUUAUCGGGACACUGAAGUUCAAACAGAUCCUUAUUCUCCAGAAUAUGUAGUAUGUCAGGACUCAAUCCCUGAGCUCUUGACCCUGGCUACUCUUACUUGGGGUCGAGGUCUCCCAGCAGGACAAGCGGAGGUGGAGAUGAUAGAACGGGCCCGAGAAAAGCGCAUUUGGGAAGCUACCCUUCCCUCUCUGAGUGACACCACCCACUUUGAGAAGAGGCGGAGGAUGAUGAAUGCGAUGGAGAGGAAGGAGUGGGCCUUCAGAGAGCAGGAGAUUCAAAAACUACAAGACAUUCGUCUGGAAGUUCUAAAGCAGCUGCUGAAGAAGCGUGAAGAGAAUCAAAAUGAAACAAACAUGAAGAACUUGAAUGCCCAGUGGUCUAAACUGCAGGAAGCAAAGGAGGCAAAAGUGGCAAAAAUCCAACACAGACAUAUAUCAGAGAUCAGAAAACUUAUUGGAAAGGCAAAGAACAUAGAAGGAAAAUUGGAGAGAAGAAAUAUCAUCAAGGAUUAUACUGAUUAUGCAUCACAGAUCUAUGGACCUCAAUCUCGUCUUGGUCGUUUCCCAGACAACAACUCAGAGAACUUUGUAGUAAAAAACCACUUUCUCAACACCUAUGAAGGACUAGUGGAACUUGAGUCAUGUCUUCCAGAUUUUGUGACACAACCCCGAAUCAGACCUCUAAAACCAAAAGUCAUUACUACCAAAGCUGGUUUCCUAAAGAGGGCAGCAAGAGUGGAACAUGAGUUGGCAGAAGUUCAUAAGGCACUAUUGGAUAAGAAGAAUAAAGUUCUUGAACCAAAGAAACCACUGCACUUCCUUCAAAGAAAUCCGAUACCUCAACCUCGACUUCCAACUCCAACCUUGGAAAUGAGUUCCAAUGAAGAAGAGGAUAUAGAAAUGGCUGUGAUCUUCCUUCAGAAGUUACUCCGGGGCAGAGUCGUUCAGAACAUGAUGUUUGAAGGGAAAGAAAAGCGAUUGGAAUUGAUCCAGGAGUUGCGUACCAACCAUGCUCUACAAGAAGGUGACAGGCUGGUGAAGAGAGCCGAGAAGCAAGUGACUCUGGCCUUACAGCGGCAGAGGAACCUCCAUGAGCACAAGGUGUUACUGGUUGAAAACCAUUUGGCUGGACUAGAGGGAAGGGCAUUGGCAGAUAUGUUUGACUUCCUGUCCAAAGAGCUGAUAAGACUGCAGGAAGAGAGGAGAAUCCAUGCUUUUGCCAUCCUGGCAGAACGACAGCGGCGAAUGCGAGAAGCUGAAGAGAGUGGUCGGCGCCAAGUAGAACAAAGGCGCUUACGCGAGCAGGAUCAGAUAUUCAGGGAGGUGGUUAAAGUUCACCAUAGUACGAUAGCCUCCUAUCUGGAAGACAUAAUACUGAAUACUGAAGAGAGUACUGCAGAAGAGCAAGCUAGGGCAGAAAUUGAGAAGAUCGCUGAGGAAAUCAAUGACAUCGCUUAUGAAAUGGAAAGCCGUCGAACACAGCUUCAGUCAGAGGAGAUUGUUGCUGAAUUGGUUUAUAGGUUCCUAAUCCCAGAGGUGCAAAAAGACUUUGUCAAAGAAAAAGUGAGGAAUGCACAGAGGAAGCAUAUUCUUGCAGCCCACGAAAUCAUUCACCAACACACUGAAGCUAUGAUCAGAAAGAAGUUUGCCCAGAAGCAGCAAGAUGAAGUCUUGGACACUGAGAAAGCAACUCAGAAUGAAGAAAACAGCUAA